AGCUGCUUGGAGUGUCCUUGCUCCCAGUCCUCAUUUACUUCUGUUUUGCAUAAAUCCGAGCAUGGCAAGUGCGCUGUUUGCAUGAAAGUUUAGCUGCAACAAAGACAGAAGGCAAACCCGGGAGGAGGGGUGGAGCCACGGCGGAACUCAUAACACCGAAAGGCUUCUUCCCCAUCUCACUGCCAAGGUGCCGGGCUCCGCGGUCCGCAGGAACACCGACAGGCCAUGCGCAUGCUGGGACUCUGGACAAGUGACCACCGGGGGCUGUAAGAGGAAGAGCAUCUGGACAAAAAAGAAAAAAAAAAGGAAAAAGAUUUCCACUAUAGGACUUUGGAGAUUGGCCUGAUCGGAGCUGGCUGGCCCCAGAGCCCGAGGACAACUCUGAGCUGCAGACUCGAUGCUGCGGAGGAAACAUGACGCGUGACUCGGGCCUCUGAAGGAACGAUCAUCUGUGUACGCGCUUGGUGUGGACCGCACGGCCGGAGGAUGCAGCACCCGCUGGACAUGGGCGCGCAGUACUAUCCCCCCGACCUUCAGCCGGACCACCGGACUCACCGCUACAGGAGUUUCAUGAUAGAGGAAAUCCUGACGGAUCACCCGGAGCACAAGGCGUCGGCACCGGCCGGAGAGCUGCUUAAGUUUGGGGUGCAGGCUCUUCUGUCGGCCCGCCCUUUCCACAGUCAGCUGGUGCUUAAGGCCGAGCAGGCGAGCCUGCUCAAGUUCCCCCUGUCCCCGCUGUCCUGCCCGCUGGGCUCCCCGCUGCUGGCCGCCGCCCCGGGCCUGCAGGUCGGCCCCGCCGGCCACCACCUGCCGCUGGACCUGCACCUGCGCGGGAAGCUGGAGCACGGAGCCGACGGCGGCGGGAAGAGCAAGAAGGGCCGCCGGAGCCGCACCGUCUUCACCGAGCUGCAGCUCAUGGGCCUGGAGAAGCGCUUCGAGAAGCAGAAGUACCUCUCUACCCCGGACAGAAUAGAUUUGGCCGAGUCCCUGGGCCUCAGUCAGCUGCAAGUGAAAACCUGGUACCAGAACAGGAGGAUGAAAUGGAAGAAAAUUGUUCUACAGGGAGGAGGCCUGGAGUCCCCCACCAAGCCAAAAGGCCGACCAAAGAAGAACUCCAUCCCCAGCAGCGAGCAGCUCUCUGAGCAGGAGCAAUCUGCUGCCGAAGCAGACCGUCGGUCUGAAGGGUCAGGCUCUCACCUGGAGAACACACAGGAAGAGUGAUGUCAUUCAGCUGGACCUGCAGAACCGCUGGGAUGCCCAGUGUGCUUGGAGGAGAAUGCUUCCAGAGACCGGAUCUGCUCCAUGAAGCAGCUGUGUGUGUUUUUUCUCGCAUUCCCUCAUGAUGAACUUGCUGCUGCUCAGGAAGGAACUCAAACCUUUGCAGUAGGUCCAUUUUCCCCUUCUAAGGAUCCACUCUUACCCCUCUGUUUUGCAUUCCUUUUAUGUAACUUUGCUAUGUUUAAUAAUUAAAUAUAUUUUCAGUAAA